AUGUCACCCAACGAGGCACAGGGUGUUUAUUUAGCACCUGGAGAAAAGAAAGGCAACGAUGGCACUCUGACAGUCCUGGGAUGCGGUACUCUCGGUAUCGCCAUCCUCUCGGGCAUACUCUCUUCCUUAUCUGAGCAAAACCUUGCGCGUUCAACCAAUGGUACCACCACACCAUCCGAAGAGCCCCCUCCUCGUACACCCUCCCGUUUCAUCGCCUGCGUGACACGCCCUGCAUCUGCAAAACGAAUCAAUGCAGAGCUUUCACAAUUGACAUCUGCCCUGACGAUCCUACAGAAUGACAAUCUCAAGGGCGUUCAAGAAGCAGAUGUCGUGCUGCUCGCCUGCAAACCCUACAAUCUCUCUGCCGUGCUACAAGAGGAAGGCAUGCGGGAAGCCUUAGGAGGAAAACUUCUGAUCAGCAUCCUGGCUGGUGUGCCUGUCUCUCAGAUUGAGGACACGAUAUACGGCAAAGGUAGCAGCGAGACAUUACCAGCGGACCCCGCCGUGGACGGCCGAUGUAGGAUUGUGCGAGUCAUGCCAAACACUGCUUCCCUUAUACGCGAAUCUAUGACAGUCAUCGCAAAUUCCAAUCCUCCGCUACCGCAGUCACUCGAUGCACUAGUCUCAUGGAUGUUCACUCGCAUAGGCAGGGUUGUUCACCUUCCACCGGCGUCCAUGGAUGCUAGCACAGCUCUCUGUGGCUCUGGACCAGCAUUCUUCGCGCUGGUACUUGAGGCAAUGGCAGAUGGAGCUGUAGCUAUGGGCUUGCCAAGAGCAGAAGCGCAGUUGAUGGCUGCGCAGACGAUGAGAGGGACUGCUGGGCUGGUGCUCAACGGUGAGCAUCCGGCUAUGGUGAGGGAGAAGGUCAGCACUCCUGGGGGUUGUACUAUUGGAGGACUGCUUGUACUGGAGGAGGGGAGUCUUAGAGGAACGGUGGCUCGGAGUGUGAGGGAGGCUACGGUGGUGGCGAGUCAGUUGGGCAAGGGCAUGCAGGGAGUCAAUGGGACAAGAUUCUAG